AGGCAUCCUACCUCCAGUUACUCCAUCCUUUGCCUUCCCUUGCUUUUCCUCCCAUCUAGCCAGACUGGUUUGAAUCAGCCACACCCCCUACCAGCUUCUGGGGAUCUUCAGAUGGUGGCUGGCCACUGAACCCCACCCCUGGGCUUGGCUUGGAGCCCUGAGUCAGCUCCAUCUCCACCCAAGCCAAAUCAAACCUGAAGCAGGAGCCGAAACUCAAACAGUUCCUCAAGGCCUAUCGCCAGGUGAUGGAGGACGAGGAGAAUGCAGCAGAGAGCCUGGUGUGCAACACGGAAGCUGCUUGUUCUCCAUCCCCCAUUCGCUGCUGCUGGCUCCGCCUCCGCUGCUUAGCAGCUACUAGCAUUAUAUGUGGCUGCUCUUGCCUGGGAAUAGUGGCCCUUGUGUUUGCCAUCAAGGCGGAAGAGCGGCAUAAGGCAGGCCGGUUGGAGGAGGCAGUGCACUGGGGGGCCCGGGCCCGGAGGUUCAUCCUGGCCAGCUUUGCCGUCUGGCUCACUGUCCUCGUUCUGGGCCCCCUGCUUCUAUGGCUGGUCUCCUACGCCAUCGCGCAGGCUGAGUGACCCUGGGUGGCCUUUGCUGAGAGUCAGCCGAGACAUCCUGGAUCCUCCAAUGCAGUAUUGUGAGGGUCUGGUGCCAACAGUGGUUACUUCCGGGCUGGAAGGAUGGUGCCUCUCUCAAAGGGCUUUGGAAGAGCUCUUUAGCCUUUUCUAAAAGGCAGCAGCUGAGACUGAUGAGGGGAGGUCAGCCUGCUCUAUUCUUUCAGUGCUCACCAACCCCUAUUCCCCCCAGUCUACUCCAUCCUAGGGGCCUCUAGGAGGGGAGGUCGAAGACCAGGCCUGAUUUUAUUAGUAUUUGUUUUGUAAUAAAAAUCUUUUUAGUGGUGAAAUGUUGCUGUCUAAUUGUUGUUCCCCUGCUUUUCCCUGGGCCCUUGGUGAGAGCCAGACUGAACAUGUGAUCAUGGCGGAAGCCUGCAUCUCCCCUUACCUAGGAGUUUCAAGAGGAGGAAAGGAUCCUCCCUCCUCCCCCGACUUUUUCCUUCUUCUAUAAGUCUCCCUUCUUGGAAAGCCCCACACUUCUCUCUUACCUAUCAACAGACUGUGAGGCCAGAAAGCAAGAGUCGUAGCAGCAGCUGCUGUUUAUCAAGUGCUGACUAUAUUCCAGGCUGUGUUCUAAGCAUUUUAUGUUUCUUCUUCACACCUCAAAAUCACUCAGUGGUAGGUACUGUUGUUCUUAUUUUAUAGUUGAGGAAAAAGGCACGGAUUUUCCAAGGUCACACAGCUAGUAAGUGGCAUAAUUGGAAUUCAACCUAGACAGUUUAGUUCCAGAGCUGAGAGAGGAGUGAAAGGAUUGGGUAAUAGCAACCACCACCCAGUAUGUGGAGACCUGUAUGAUUAUAAUGAAUUUCCAUAUCCUUCAUCUUGGGUCUUAUGAUAAUAUUUUAAACAUUUUUAAAAUUGUGAGGUACAUAAAGGAAAAGAUCGAAAACAAAUAUACAACUUCAUAAGUUAACACAAAACAUCUGAAAAAACCACUAUUCAGUCAAGAAAUUAAACUUUGUCAGCACUCCAAAGCUUCCUUUCUACCCCUCCCAUCACUCUGCCUUCCUUUCUUUCCACAGGUAACUUUGUAUUUGUUAUCCACAGGUAUUCUGACUUCUAACAAUGUCAUUUGCUUUUGCCUGCAUUUGAAUAUGAUAUAAAUGAAAUCAAAU